AUGACACAAACAGUACGUGUUGGUGCGGUUCAGGCUGAGCCAGCUUGGCUAGACCUCCAAGGAGGGGUAAACAAGACGAUUGAACUGAUUAAGAAAGCUGGAGAAGAUGGCGUCAAUGUCUUAGGAUUUCCAGAGGUCUGGCUGACAGGAUACCCAUGGGCCAUAUGGGUGAACAGUGUCGUAGAGAACACAGAACUCAUCCACAAAUACAUGGCGAAUUCUAUGGUGAAGGCCUCUCCAGAAAUGGACCGUAUUCGAGCAGCCGCAAAGGAUGCUAAUGUCUUUGUGGUUUUGGGGUACAGCGAGCGAGAUGGAGCGAGUCUCUAUAUCGCCCAGUCUUUCAUCAAUACCGAGGGCGAAAUCGUGCUUCAUAGAAGGAAGAUCAAACCCACGCAUGUGGAAAGAUCCAUCUGGGGUGACGGGCAGGCAGAUUCGUUGACUUCAGUUGUGGAUACACCGUAUGGGAAGGUUGGAGCAUUGAACUGUUGGGAGCACCUUCAGCCCCUGUUGAGAUACUACGAAUAUUGCCAAGGCGUCCAGAUUCACGUUGCUGCGUGGCCGCCAAUGUUCGACUUGCCGGAUCCAAAAAAGCUAAAAUGGCCAUUCCAUGAAACAAACAAUGCGAACCAAUUGUGUAGCCAGUUCCUGGCGAUUGAGGGUCAAGCAUUCGUCCUUGUCGCAACUCAGGUUCUGACGGAAGGUAACUUGGAGAAGUUGAAUCUAAUUGACAGCGGCGUGUGUCAGACGCCCGGCGGCGGCUUCACAAUGAUAUAUGGUCCAGAUGGGAAACCCCUUUGUGAGCCAUGGCCACCAGGAAAGGAGGGUAUAAUGCAAGCCGAUAUCGAUUUAAGAGAUAUCGAUUAUGCAAAAGGGAUGAUCGACACAGUCGGUCAUUAUUCUCGUCCGGACCUUCUGAGCCUGAACGUAAAUCCAAUAGCGGCGAAACCCUUCCAUCUCAAGUAA